CUGACCAGCGAUCAACAAGCUACGCGGCCUGGGGCUGCUUUUCAUUGAAUUUCGUCACACUACAUGAAACAGUACAACAUGAACGCCAGCGUGUUUCUGACGUGGGCUUUUGGCAUGGAAAUAUUUUCGUUACAAACUGUGAUGUGAAUAGAAUUCCAGUUUAACAAACGUUUUGAAAAGACUCGUCUGAAUACGUUUAAGCAGUAGAUCUGUAAGUCAGUUUUGUUAGCAAAUGGUGCAAGAGUUUUUGCUCAAUCUGCACAACUAGCACAUACAUUGUUUCAAUCUAAGUUUAAGUGGAGUUCAUCAAUCGGAUACUUGUAACCUGAAGACAAUGUUUGACAGCAUUUGCUACUAAGGAUAUGUAUUGGUAAUCAACUGGGUAAUCUUUGAGAAGAACUUCUGUGUGAUAUUAAAACAUGGGUACUCACAUUCUGGGGAAAAUACAUAACUUUGGUAUUUAUCGUAAAGGUGGAAAACGAUGCAUUUUGCAGCUGGACUUUCCAGGCCGUAUAUUGCUUAUUAUCCAGAAAGGUCAUAUCAAGAAAACGUUUAAUUUCCAUGCACUGGAGCAUUAUGAUUCCGAAGAAGGGCUCCACAUAUCUCUUAAGUUGAGAGACUCCGUUGUUGACUUUGAAGCCGACAACAUAGAGGAGAAAUACACAAUAUGUCGUCUGCUGGGAUUUAUUGUACAGCUGGGACAUGGAGAGGACGAUGAAAGUAUUGAUUCUGGACAAGGUUUGUCUUCCUUUGGAGAUCACUCUAUAGAAGGUGCAGAUGUCAUCAAGGAUGGAUUGCUAGAGAAAAAAGGACACACUGCUAUCACCAUCUGGAACAAACGAAGAGUGAAGUUAACGCCAGGGGAAUUUUCCUACUACAAGCCAGGAGAGGAGCUUGCCUUGAACAUUGUCCAGCUGUGGCCAGAGCAUACAUCUUUAAAGAAGAAUGGCCAGAAUGGUUUUAGUGUAACAAUCAGAGACAAGGUAUACAGUUUUCGAGUGCCAAGUGAGUACAAAGCCUUGCAGAUGACAGAAAUUAUUAGAAAUGAGUGGUUUGUUGCUUUUGACAGAGCCUUGAAUUAUGCUCCACCUAGUGCUAAAAUCUUUGGUUCUCCCCACAACAACGCCAGUGAUGGAAGCAGUGAUGAUCCGGAACAUAUAUAUGACCUCACACCAGACAUGACAGCUUCUGCUCAGAAUAUACUACAAGUUCCAUCAAGUUCCAACAAGUAUCCACAAGGGGAGAUAACUGCACACGUUACAGUUCAUUUGAAUUAUGUGGAUAAGGCUUUGCCAACUCCUCCUAAAUCUCACCGGAGCAAGCAUCACAGUCUAGAAAAUCUUCUGUUUUCCCACAAAAAAGAACUUAAAGAUGCAGACCAAUCCCAACUGUCCUCAUCUGACCAUUCAGACCUCAGCGCUCACAGCUCAUUAACAGAUGAUCACUCAGAUGAUGACAGCAUUAUAUUUGGUUCAGCUGCAGAGCUAAGAGCUAAACUGGCAAUGCAGGGGGGUAAAUCCUCAGCCCUUAAAGCAUAUCGGGCUCAGAAAGACUUUAAAAACCAACACGGACAACGCAGCACACAGACAACUACCAAAUUAAAGGCCUACAACUCUAAAAGCUUGGGUAUAGAUCAAACAAAUGAUUCCGCCCUUUCCACGAGUCCAGAGCCAUCCAAUGACAAUCUCUCAAACAAACAUUCAUCCCAGUCAACUCUAGUGAAAAAUUUUACAGAUGAAGCCAGAAGAAAAAUUUCAUCCAUUCCACCUCCCCCUCCCCCACCAACUACUCAAGUUGGUCUCACCAGUCCACCCCCACCGCCUGGUGGGCCUCCUCCCCCACCCCCUCUAAUAAAACAACAUGGAUCUGUAAAGCUACGUCAGGUGCCAAAUGUAAAACUCAAGCAAGUGCAUUGGGUCAAAGUAAAUAGUAGCCAGAUAUCAGGUUCUAUGUGGCAUGAUGCUCAUGACAUGACAGAGAAACUGGACCUUUCAGAAUUAGAAGAUCAGUUUUCAAUACCAGAGAAGAAAAACAUAGUUGUAACAAAACCAAAGCCUCAGGAAGAAAAACAAAUGCUAGUUGAUGCCAAGAGAGCACAGAACUUGGGAAUCUUGUUCUGUGGUCUAAAACUGGACAGUCUGACCAAGCUGAAUGAUGCCCUCAACUCUGUCUCUGAACAAGAUAGUUUCCCUGCUGAUAAAAUGGCCACCCUGAAGAGAUAUCAACCAAAUGCAGAAGAGAAGGAAAUGUAUAAGCUUUAUGCAGAAAAACAUGAGACGUUGCACGCUGCUGAUCGCUUCAUGUUGGAGUUGUGUGAGAUACCUCAACUGAGUACAAGACUUGACCUCAUUCUCAUUUUAUGGGAGUUUCCUGAUCAGUACAAAUAUUUGGAAGAGGAGGUUGAUGACCUGCUGAUGGGCAGUGAUGAAAUUUUAUCCAAUACUGACUUAACUACAGCACUAGAAUACCUACUUGCCAUUGGAAAUUACAUGAACUCAUUGUGGAAUUCACAGCAUGGAAUCCAAGGGUUUCAACUGUCUUCUUUAGAUAAAGUACUGAGUAUAAAAGGCAAAGACAACAAAACUACAAUUUGUACAUACCUUGUCAAACAACUAAAACGAAACAACCCUUCUCUCAUUGACUGGCCUAAGCACAUGAGUCACGUGACUAAGUGUGCUGGAUACUCUGUUAAGGCUGUUGGAGCUGAAAUUGAUGUUUUGAAAAAUGACCUUGUGAAGAUAAAGAAAAUUAUAAAAACAUUAAGAAAUCAUCUACAUGCUGACAGCAAGAAGUUUCUCAGUGAUGUGCAGAAUUUUAUAGCAGACUAUGACAGGAAGUUAGAACAUCUGGAAGUGAAAUAUUUGAAAGUAACAGAAAAAUACAAGCUCAUUUUGGCAAAGUUUGGUGAACCACCAAAGUCUCAAGACUCUGUGUUCAGCUGUAUCAAUCUUUUCAAGGAGAAAUUUCAACAAGGCGUUGAAAGCAUUCCCAGUGACUAGAAAAAAAAAUGUUUACGUAGCAGCACAGUGUUGUUUAAUUUUAUCCAU